AUGCUAUUCCUAUCACUACAAAUUCUGUUUCUCUUGUCAAACAUAACCCUAAACGUUCUUCUAGAGACGUUAAAUACUAUAAAGACUACUUUGCGCUUAAAUAUGAACCUUUAAUUCGAAGUAUUCAUGGUUCCGAUCAAGAAGUCCUUAAUAAGCUUGAAUCUGCUAAAAAACGGUUAUCUCAAAGCGUUAGUCUUUCAGUAUCAAAUAGUGGAUAUUGUGUGAUAAUCAUUAUAGGCGGUCAAAAAUUUAGAGUGCUUAUCGACUUAGCAAGUUCCGAUCUUUGGGUUCCUUCUGUGAAUUGCACAUCACUUGCUUGCCGUAAACAUAAUCGAUUCAACGAAAAUUUAUCAGAAACAUUUACGUUCAUUGGUACUUCUUUCGAUAUGGAAUACGGAAGUUCCGAAGCUGGUGCUAUUAGUGGUGUUAUCGUAAAAGAUAAUAUUCUAAUAGGCGGAGUAGAAUCUGUAGGCCAAAUGUUCGGUCUUACACUUGAAGAAGGCGAUUCAUUUAAUGAAAAUACAUUUGAUGGUAUUUUCGGUAUGGGUUUUGAUGAUAAUAGUGCUGAAGGAGUUGUAUCAGUUUUUUCAAACAUGGUUAAACAAAAAGUUGUUAAGAAUCCGUACUUUGGCCUUUAUCUUCAACGAUCUAAUGAUAAGGGUGAUACGGGAAUAUUAACUCUUGGUGAUAUUGACACGACUAAAUUCACUGGAAACCUUAAUUAUUACAAUGUAUCUACUGUUGAAGGUGAAUACAAGCAUUGGAUAAUUGAUCUGGAUGAUGUUUCUAUUAAUGGUAAUAAACUUAACUAUAGAGAAAGAAAGGUUAUAUUUGAUACUGGAGGUUUUAUGAUAUUUAUGCCACCCGAUGACGCUAUAACAUUUUUUAAGCACAUAAACGGAUCAUCACAGGAUAGUGAUGGACUUUUCCAUGUACCAUGUAACAUGACAGAUCAAAUAGCAUAUAUAUUUGGUGGAAUUAAUUAUAAUAUUGAACCAUCUGACUUGAUUCAUGGACCUGCAGACUAUGAUUGUAUUUCUGUAGUUCAAUACUCCGCAGAAGUAGUUGUUGAUGAAUAUACAUGGAUUGUUGGAGAUACAUUUUUAAGAAAUGUCUAUUCUGUAUAUAAUAUAAAAGAUUUUACG